AUGGAUGCGCAAUCUGCAUCAGCCAGCCAACGGGCUGAUGACCAGGCCCCCUGUCUACCAGAUUCCCCACUACGAACUGGAACCAUCGGAAACAGCGGCACAGUCAUCGGUAGCCACAAUCCUAUCAUUGCUGGUUCAAGUGCAGUAAAUAUCACUAACAUCUUCCCGUUGGAGGGACCAGGAGUGCCUGCACCCAGACCUCAGCAUAGUCAGAGGCCAGACCAAGAACCAAGGCUGCGGGCACCUAGCUUCCAAGAUGUCGGUAAAAAGACUAGGGACAUUUUGAAGGGAGUUUAUAAAACAACAGGCAGUUACGUUCAGUUGUUGCCUGGGAUUGAUAAUGACCAAAUGCACAUAGCUGGUAUAUACACUAAAGUACAGUUAGAAACACGGGAAGGGGUAGCAGUUGUCACUGGCCAAAAAGGAGACACUGUAAACUCAACAGAGUAUGCCAAAAUAUUCAGAUUAAGGACAAGAGUUGGGGAACUCAUCUCACGUCUCAUUUUCUAUGGCAUGGGAGGUGUGGGGAAGUCAACCAUUUUUGAUAAGAUUGCAUUUGACUGGGCCGAUGAGGCAAGCGAAUUCCUGAUAAGAUUCCAGCUUGUCUUUCUUUUAAAGAUGUGUGCCCUGUUGCAAGACUCUGACAUUGUUGAUUCCACUUUUGAUCAACUUCUCGGCGAAGAUUCGGGAAUAGCAAAAGAUGAACUUGAUGAAUUCAUCCUGGCUAACCCAAAUAAGGUCCGAGAGCCGCACGGCACAACUGGCAUGCGUUGA